AUGGCUCUGAUUCUGAACCGAUCUUUUAUUUUCCUCUUCCUGGCACUUUUCCUCUCCUUUUCUCUUCUUCUUCUUAAUGCUAAUGCUACCUCCUCUGAAUUCUCCACCUCUGUUCUUAACGUCACAGCCUCACUCCUCCAAGCCCAACAAGUCUUCUUCUUUGAGUACCCCGAACCUUCUUACCACCAACACCAAGAAGAAACCCAAGUCAUCUCCACUUUUUCUUUUUCUUCUUCUUCUUCCUUGUCGCUCCAAUUACACCCAAGAGAUUCUCUGCUCAAUGCUCAGCACAAGGACUACCGCAGCAUACUCAAAUCUCGACUUGACCGUGACUCAGCCCGAGUCAACUGGAUCAUCAGCAAGCUGCAACUCGGUCUCAGCAGCCAUCGCAACAAAUCGGAGCACAGACCGGAAGGCCUAUCGGCGCCGGUAAAACCGGGCUUGUCGGAAGGAAGCGGCGAGUACUUCACGAGAAUCGGAGUGGGACAACCUGCGCAGCAAUUCUCCAUGGUUCUCGACACAGGAAGCGACUUGAGCUGGCUUCAGUGCAAGCCCUGUUCACCCUGUUACCAACAAUCCGACCCGAUUUUCGACCCGUCCGCGUCAUCCUCGUAUUCCCCGAUUACCUGCGGAGCGCAACAAUGCAACGAACUUGAAAUGUCGGGGUGUAGUAACGAUCAGUGUGAGUAUGAAGUUGAGUAUGGCGACGGUUCCUCCACUAACGGUGUUCUCGUGUCUGAAACGGUGUCGUUUGGGAACCGAGUCGUAAUGGGUUGCGGCCAUGUUAACCAGGGUUUAUUCGUUGGCGCCGCCGGGAUACUCGGACUUGGUCGUGGGCCCCUUUCGUUCUUGUCUCAGAUCAAAGCGUCGUCGUUUUCCUACUGCCUUGUGGCACGUGACUCGAAGAAAUCGUCGACCCUUGAGUUCAACUCGCCCCGACCCGGUGGCUCUGUUACAACUCAGUUACUUAAGAACCCUAUGCAGGGCAGUUUCUACUACGUGGGACUCGCCGGUGUGAGCGUUGGAGGCCAAAGGGUUCCCGUUCCGCCGUCGACGUUCGCAAUUGAUCAAUCGGGGUUAGGCGGAAUCAUCGUCGACUCCGGCACUGCCAUAACUCGGUUGCAGACUCAGGCGUAUAACCUGGUGCGCGACGCGUUCGUGAACCUGACUCGGGAUUUGCCACGCGCCAAAGGUUUCUCCGUUUUAGACACUUGCUACGAUUUAUCGUCCGUGAAGUCGUUUUCGGCGCCGACGGUGUCGUUUCAAAUGAGUGAUGGGAGAUCGUGGGUGUUGCCGGUGACGAACUAUCUGAUGCCAGUGGACAACCAGGGAACUUUCUGCUUCGCUUUUGCGCCGUCGACGGCGCCGUUAUCAAUCAUAGGGAAUGUGCAGCAACAGGCGACACGUGUCACCUUUGAUCUUGCAAACUCUAUCAUCGGUUUCUCACCCGACAAAUGCUAGACGUGUAUUGACAUAUU